GGAAAUGGCCAGCUAAAUGGAGGGAACUGAAGAUGCAGACAUUCUUGUCAGUCACUGCAAUCUAGUUUUUUUCCUGUUAAUUUACUGUUUACACUCCAGGCCAGUUGGUGGCGGUAAUGCACCUUCAUAGUUAGUCUGCCAACCGUCAUGAAACACCAUCAGAAGAAGAGCUGCAUCCACUGCAGCUCUUCUGUCAGAUCCUUGUGAAGCACAGCGGCUCUCUGAGCUUUUUAGGAGGACAUUCAGGGCGGUUCCGAACAUGGACAGUGAAAUCCAGCGGGACGGAAGAGUUCUGGAUCUCACCGAUGACGCCUGGAGGGAAGACAGGCUGCCGUAUGAAGAUGUCUCCAUUCCUUUGAGCGAGCUGCCAGAGGCUGAGCAGGACAACGGAGGGUCCACAGAAUCUGUUAAAGAGCAAGAAAUGAAGUGGACUGACCUGGCCCUGCAGAGCCUGCACGAAAACACACCAAGUUCUGGAAGCUGAAAGACCGAUCCGGAAUCAGACUGGAACAUAAAUACACAAGCUGUGUGGAGGAGGACCAUUUAGCUGAUGUGAAACUGAGUUUUAUUUGGUUGCUUUAUAAAGACAAAUAAAUCUGUAUGUCCUACA